CACUGAUUUAUGCAGGAGCCGCAGAGGGCGCCGGGAGAAGCGGGAGGAGGCGGCGGCGGCGGCGCUCGGUGCUGGCGCGGAGGGUCAGGGGCCGGCGGCGGCGAUCGGGGCUCUCCCCAGCGCGCAGGGCCUGUGCCGCCCCCUCGGGCCGCGGCACCGUCGUCGCGGGACACAGCGGCACCUAACCCGGCCUCAGCCGGCCCAUCGCCGGCCACCACGGACGUGGAGGCGGCGGCGGCGGCGGGCGGAGCCGAGCCGGGCCCGGCCCGGAGGGACGCGAGUCCUCCCGCCGCGGGGGAGCCUGCCCCGCCGCUCGGUAGCGAGGGCCCUCACGGCGCCGGGGCCUCCACGGCCGGGCUCGCUCCUCCGGGGCAGCACGGGCAGCGCUGAGCCGCAGCCGGCUGUGUGCGGGCUGCGGGGCUGCGCUCCCGGCGCCGCUGGGGCCUCCGGCGGGGAGGGAGGGAGGCCCGGCCCGGCGCUCCCCGUGAGGGGAGGCGGCGGGAGGGAGAGAAGGGGGUGAGCAAAAAAGCCCCAUCUCCGCGGCCAGCAGCUUUGUUUGUCGGGCCCUGCCGCGGGGAAAAGGAGCGGCGAGACCCGGGCGGGCGAGGUGCCGGUGCCCCCGUCUCCCUUCGGGGCCUUCCUCGCCCGCUUCUGCUUCCCAGGCGCUGCCUCCCUUCUCGGCGGGUUUCUUUCACCCCCCUCGGCUGGAUAUCGCCGGUUCCGGAGCGUCGCCGGUGGGACCCGGCUGGGGCGAGAGCGAGUGGAGGAUUAAUGCAGAGGAAACAACAGGUCUCCCUUCUCCGCGCCUUCCAAAGCGAUACCAGCGCCUUGCUCUUGGGAUUAUAAAUGUUUGAACUAAGACCCAGGAAACUGGAAGGAGAGCCUCCCGUUGGAAUUAACAGAAGAGGAAAGAAGGGAGGCUUUUCCAAAUCCUUUACGAGAAAGCUCGUGCCGUUUUCCCAUGCUGUCCACGCUCUCUUUAAUAAUGCGAUUGUGACCUGAGUGGAAUUUAUGAGCGAUGAACUAUUGAAGCUUAUUGCACCACUGCAUCGGACUACAUUUUUUAUUAUUUUUUUUUUUCCUCAGCACAUGAUUCCCCCAUGCCAGCUGUUUCAGGACCUAUGGGCCAGUAAUAGAGGGACAGGAAGCUGAGACAGUUUAUUUUCACAUUCUUGUGUUCUGGGGACUUGGCUAGUUAGCUGAAGCUGCUGCUGCUUUUUACCGGAUCUGCUCUUUUCUCAGCAGGUUUACUUGUUUUCAUGUGCACGGGGUGUUUCAAUUAAACAGACAUUGGACUAGAGCUGAAUGGAUGCUUUGCAACCCGAAAGGUUUUUGGGGGUAACAAAAAACUACUAAAAACAGAGAAGAACUGGUACUGCAGGAAACCUGGGGCCUGUUUUCCAAGCCUUUAUAGUUUAUUGAGCAAGAUGAUGUGUGAGGUGAUGCCAACCAUCAGUGAGGCAGAGAUUCCCUCUGGGGGAAAUGGAGGCCAUGGUUCAGGUUCCCCGUUACAGUCAGAUGCUGAUUCCCAUUUUGAGCAAUUAAUGGUAUCCAUGUUGGAAGAAAGGGAUCGCCUUCUGGAAACACUAAGAGAAACUCAGGAGACGCUAGCAUUGACCCAGGGCAAGCUUCAUGAAGUUGGUCAUGAGAGAGAUUCCUUGCAGAGACAGCUCAAUACUGCGCUUCCACAGGAAUUUGCAGCGCUUACGAAAGAGCUCAAUGUAUGCAGGGAGCAGCUGCUGGAAAGGGAAGAAGAAAUCGCUGAACUGAAAGCAGAAAGAAAUAAUACGAGGCUGUUACUGGAACAUUUGGAGUGUCUUGUCUCCAGACAUGAGCGAUCUCUCAGAAUGACUGUUGUGAAGCGCCAAGCUCAGUCUCCAGCAGGAGUUUCUAGUGAAGUAGAAGUUCUCAAAGCACUAAAAUCUUUAUUUGAACACCAUAAAGCCCUUGAUGAAAAGGUAAGGGAGAGGUUACGAGUAGCACUUGAAAGAUGUAGCUUAUUGGAAGAAGAACUAGGUACUACGCAUAAAGAGUUAAUGAUUCUGAAAGAGCAAAAUAAUCAGAAGAAAACACUUCCAGAUGGGAUGCUGGAUAUAAAUCAUGAACAAGAAAAUACACCAACUACAAAUGGGAAGCGAUCCUCUGAUGGUUCUUUAUGCCACGAUGAAAACCUUGCUAAAGUGAUUGAGCUCCAAGACAUCAUAGAUAAGCAAAACAAAGAGCAGACGCAAAUGAAAGAACGUCUUACUGCUUUGUCUAGCAGAGUAACAGAGCUGGAAGAAGAUCUUGACACAGCUAGAAAAGACUUAAUAAAAUCUGAAGAAAUGAAUACAAAGUUACAGAGAGAUGUACGAGAGACUAUGGCCCAAAAGGAAGACAUGGAAGAGAGAAUUACAACUCUUGAGAAACGCUACCUCGCUGCACAACGUGAAGCUACAUCUGUGCAUGACCUCAAUGAUAAACUUGAAAAUGAAAUUGCCACUAAAGACUCCAUGCAUCGACAGAGUGAAGAUAAGAACAGGCAAUUGCAAGAACGACUGGAACUAGCUGAGCAAAAGCUGCAGCAGACUUUAAGAAAAGCCGAAACUUUGCCGGAGGUGGAAGCUGAGCUGGCACAGAGAGUUGCAGCACUUUCAAAGUCUGACCUUUUGUCUCCUGGGAACUCUGCUGCUAAAGAUGCUAAACUAUUGGAACUUACCACCAAGCUUAGGAAGGCUGAGGAGAGACAUGGCAAUAUAGAGGAACGACUGAGACAGAUGGAAGCACAGCUAGAGGAAAAGAAUCAAGAACUACAAAGGGCUAGACAGAGAGAGAAGAUGAAUGAAGAGCAUAAUAAACGUUUGUCAGAAACUGUUGAUAAGCUUCUGUCUGAAUCUAAUGAAAGGCUCCAGCUUCAUCUCAAGGAAAGGAUGGCUGCCUUGGAAGAUAAGAAUUCACUUCUUCGAGAAAUUGAAAAUUCAAAAAAACAAAUAGAGGAACUUCAGCAUGAAAAGGAUCAACUUGUAUUAAAUGUUGAAGCGUUAAGGGCUGAAAAUGACCAAGUGAGACUCAGAGCCACAUCACUUCAUCACAGCCGACCAGAUUUCAGAUACCCUGUGACAUCUUCGUCUGUGGCUGACAGUCACACGGACUCCUAUGGCACCUCAUCAGUGUUAAGACGUCCCCAGAAAGGACGUUUGGCAGCUCUCAGAGAUGAACCUUCAAAGGUUCAAACUCUGAACGAGCAGGACUGGGAGCGAGCCCAGCAAGCAAGUGUAUUGGCAAAUGUGGCACAAGCGUUUGAAAGUGACGUCGAUGUGUCCGAUGUUGAGGAUGACAGGGAGACUAUAUUCAGUUCAGUUGAUCUCCUGUCACCAAGUGGUCAGGCUGAUGCUCAGACUUUGGCCAUGAUGCUUCAAGAACAGUUGGAUGCAAUCAACAAAGAGAUUAGACUUAUACAAGAAGAAAAGGAAAACACAGAGCAGCGUGCGGAGGAGAUUGAAAGCAGAGUGGGUAGUGGAAAUUUGGAUGCCCAUGGCCGAUUCCGGUCCAUGAGCUCCAUUCCUCCUCCCUAUGCCAGUGGUUCACUUGCUGGUUCUUCCCCACCUGGCAGUGGCCGCUCCACCCCAAGGCGAAUUCCACAUAGUCCAGCUCGGGAAGUGGACAGACUAGGUAUCAUGACACUGCCUAGUGAUUUAAGGAAACACCGUAGAAAGUCUCCAGCUUCUAGAGAAGAGGUACGAGAUGAUAAAACCACAAUAAAAUGUGAGACAUCACCGCCUUCUUCACCUCGGUCGUUGCGUUUGGACAGAGUCCAAAAAGGAGCUUUGCAUACAGUGAGCCAUGAAGAUAUCAGGGACAUAAGGAAUUCAACAGGCUCACAAGAUGGGCAAACAAGUAAUCCUAGUAGCAGUAAUAGUAGCCAAGAUUCACUUCAUAAAGCCCCCAAAAAGAAGGGGAUCAAAUCCUCUAUUGGCCGCUUGUUUGGCAAGAAAGAAAAGGGACGACCUGGACAAACAAGCAAGGAAUCGUUAGGACAAGUUGGCAUGGCAGAAGCAGAUGGUUCCUCUCAGGAUGCAUUAGGUCUCAGCAAGCUUGGAGGUCAGGCAGAAAAAAACAGGAAAAUGCAGAAAAAGCAUGAGUUGCUAGAGGAAGCCAGAAGACAAGGUUUGCCUUUUGCACAGUGGGAUGGACCUACUGUGGUGGUGUGGUUGGAGCUGUGGGUUGGGAUGCCAGCCUGGUAUGUGGCUGCUUGCCGAGCAAAUGUGAAAAGCGGUGCUAUCAUGUCAGCGUUGUCUGAUACGGAAAUACAGCGUGAGAUCGGAAUUAGUAAUCCUCUGCACAGGCUGAAGCUGAGGUUGGCCAUUCAAGAAAUCAUGUCGCUAACAAGUCCAUCUGCGCCUCCCACCUCAAGGACGACCACGGGAAAUGUCUGGGUAACACAUGAAGAAAUGGAAAAUCUUACAGCCACACAACAAACGGAAGAUGAGGAGGGAAGCUGGGCUCAGACGCUAGCAUAUGGUGAUAUGAACCAUGAGUGGAUCGGCAACGAAUGGCUCCCUAGCCUGGGGCUCCCUCAGUAUCGCAGCUAUUUCAUGGAAUGUCUUGUGGAUGCUCGCAUGCUGGAUCAUUUAACUAAAAAAGAUCUGCGUGGGCAACUUAAAAUGGUGGACAGCUUUCACAGAAACAGUUUUCAGUGUGGAAUUAUGUGCCUACGAAGACUGAAUUAUGAUCGAAAAGAACUUGAAAGAAAAAGAGAAGAAAGCCAGAAUGAAAUUAAGGAUGUCCUUGUCUGGAGCAAUGAAAGAAUGAUCCAUUGGGUAGUGUCCAUUGGUCUUAAAGAAUACGCAAAUAACCUUAUAGAGAGCGGAGUUCAUGGUGCACUUGUGGCCUUAGAUGAAUCAUUUGAUUACAAUGCAUUAGCUCUCUUGUUACAAAUACCCACUCAAAACACACAGGCUCGUGCUGUUCUGGAGAGGGAAUUUAAUAACCUUCUUGCUAUGGGCACUGACAGAAGACUUGACGAAGAUGAUGAUAAGAGCUUUAGGAGAGCACCUUCAUGGAGAAAGAAGUUUAGACCAAAGGACAUAAGAGGUUUAGCUGCUGGAUCAGCAGAGACUCUUCCUGCAAAUUUCAGAGUUACAACCUCAAUGUCUUCACCCUCUAUGCAGCCAAAGAAGAUGCAGAUUGAUGGCAGUGUAUCAGGAACACAAAGAUUGGAUUCUGCUACAGUAAGGACCUACUCCUGUUAAAGCCUUCUCCUGUUUACCCACACUAUUUCUACCGGUGAUAUGCAGCAUUUUCAACAUUUGGAACCCUUAACCUGUUAAUACUUGUUAAAUGGACACUUUGAGAUAUUUUAUUACAGAGUUUUUAAUUAGCAAAUAAAUUCAUGAGUACUAUAGAGAAAAUAUUUUAGAAUCUAAAUGUUUCUUAUAUUUAUGUGACUUCUCAUUUAUAUAGUUACUUACUUUUUCUGUUUCUAUUCAGUCUACAAAUCGAAUCAUUGCUGAUUUUUUUAUUCUAAUUUUAGUCUUUCCAACUGAAUGUACUGUAAUGCUUGUAUGUAUAUGUCCCUAUAAGUAAUAUAGGGUUUUUGUAAAUUAUGCAGUUACUGUAAUUAUCAUUGUUUUUUAAUAAUGAAACUGAAGGUGAAAAGGAUUUUAAUACCUUUGUAAAAGUAUCAUGACACCAAGCAGUAUAUAUUUUGUCUUUUGGAAAUGUUAGCUUAGGUCUGAAAACAAGUCCGGCUUUUUUUCAGGUAAGCAUAUGUUGUUGUAGGCGGUAUGGUACCUGCUUGUUCUUCUUUUUCAGAACUGUCCCUUUCCACAAAGAGGAUUUGUCAAGUAGUGGGAAUUUGUCUUUAUUUAAAAUUAUAACUUGUUUUAAAAGCUGGGAAGAACUAUUAACACUAUGGAACACGUUUUAGAAGUGAUUGACUCGGUCAUAACACUCUGCUGUAUUUAUAUAGCGUGUCUUCACAGUGACUGAAAACAAGCCAUAAACCACGAACUGUUUUUAUUUUAUUUUUUUUCCUUAACUGAGGAAGAUAGACUUCACGAUAAUUCCUGGUCGUAAUCCACAGGCCACAGAGGUUUUGUCCUUGAUCUUUUUGAUUGAAAACACUUGUGGAAAGAUGCUGGUGAAACUAAUUUUAACGGACCAAUCACGAAGCACUGCAGGCUCAUGUCAAACCAGUAGUGAAAGAUGAAGGUACAAUGGGCUGAAAAUUAAAGCAGUGCAACUUCUAAUAAAGGCCUUACUUUUCUUAUGUAAGUCAUCUUUUGUGUUUUGUAAACUUGUUCUAAAGAGUUGUCUGGACUUUUAAUUUUGAUGGUUGUAGCCAUUUUGGACUGUACGAGUAGAAAAUGUAUCGAAAACUUGUAAAUGGCAUAUUAAAAAGCCAGCAAGAAUCUGUUCAGAUGGUGCAUUAUUUAUUAUGCAACAAUAUAUAUAGCAUGUCUUUUUUCUUAUUUUGUUUUCCACUUUUAACUUGCUUGUAAAACUGAAAUUCAUUGUUACUGUUCUGUUUUUCUAUUAAUCUUUUGUGUAUUUUCAGAUUAUGUAACAAUAUGUACAGUCUACUUUUGAACUAUUUUUAUCACAGUAUUAUUUAUUGCUUUCUUUCAAUAAAGUACUGAUGCAUUUUUCCACUGCCAAUAAAACACUAUUGAAAAGCUAAGCUCUAAUUGUAUGCAGGCAGAUACUUUUGCAGUGAGUGGAUAUUGUCAAUAAAGCAUCUUAAUGAUUGUUUGCUGCCCUGUAGAUCUUGUUUCAAAUGACGAUUUUUCUCCAGUAGAAAAAUGUUCUGUUAGAUGUGAUGUUUUCUUUGGAAUUGUUCAAGUUCACGCGCAUUAAUCAGUUUUUGAAAAAAAACCCAAACAGUUUUCCGAAGAAAACUGCUUUAUUGCCUACUUAUACUAGUAUUAGAGCUAUGAUUUGCUUUUAAAAAUAGUAACAAAAACUAUCACGCAACUUCAGUGUAUUCUGGUCCACGUGAUGAAGACUGAAGCGUGCUGUUCUAUAUAGCAGCAAUGGUUGCUUUGUUAAUAAAAUGAGAUUAUGACCAUAGUGAUAUUUGGGGAGAAACAUAGGACUUGAGGGAACCGAUACAAUAUUGGGUCGCAAUGGGGCUGUUUAUGUCGAUUUUAAUAUAUUGUAAACCAUUUCUUGUGUAGAAGAGAAGACAGAAGGAUAAAGUUACAGAAUAAUCGAAGCAGUAGUGAAGCCUAUUUCAUCAUGUCCUCUAGAGCGACAGCAGGAUGUGGAAUGCAUGGAAUGGAGAAAUAUUGUGAUUGAUGCUUUAAACAUUGUUCAAUAAUGCAUCUCUGUUUGUCUAGCUUGUCUGUAUGAGUUGCUAUCCGAUCAUUUGCAGUCUCUUUUAUAUUUCCAGAGAAUCUAUCUUUCUAGAAAAAGCUAAAAUGGAACUGCAGAAAGAGAUCCUGACUCACUGUUCAGCUAAACCUCACUGUUUAGAAAAAAAAACUGCAUAGACGUUUCCGGUCACUGAUGUGAUAGUAGGUGUUCAAAGUCAUGUAUUGUUGCUUCUCAAAAGUUGAAAACAACGCGGAAUAGACUUGUAAAAUGUGAAAAGAAAAUACGUUUAUUAUUUUAAGGCUGUAAACCUUAACUGUUACGGAACAAUGGAAUUGACAUGAGAGCUAGAAUAAAUGAGUGAAAUAGAAAAAGCUUUCA